AUGGAAAAAUCCACAGGGUACUCUACAUUGUUGCGAAAUUUGAGAUUCUCAACGAGCCCUCAAGUUGUUAGGGAGGCCUUCGAAAAGUUCGGAAAAAUCAGAGACGUUUACCUACCACUAGAUUUCAAUACCAGAAGGCCACGAGGCUUCGGAUUCGUUGAAUUUUAUGAUAAAGCAGAUGCUCUUGACGCUGUUCGCGCCAUGGAUAAUACUGAACUCGACGGCAGUGUCAUCACCUGUUGCAUAGCCCAAGACCGGAGGAAAUCUCCCAGCUCCAUGAGAAGGUUCCAAAGAUACCGCUCUAGAAGAGACUAUAGGAGCAGAAGUAGGAGUUAUCGUGGCAGGUCUAGAUCACACGCAAGAUUCCGAGAUGAUAGGCGUCGUGGAUACUCCAGAGAUAGAUCUCCAAGACGCCACUAUGAUCGACGCGACAAUCGCGGCUACAGAGAUAGAUAUGACUCCGAUUACGCUAGGGACGGACGCAGGCUUAGAGAUCGCGACUUCCAUGACAGAGACAGGGAUAGGAAUUACAGGAGCUACAGAAACAAUGGGCGAUCAGAUCGGGAUGAGUUUAGGGACGAUCGUGAGGAUUUCCGAGACGGCCGCGAUGAGUUCAGGGAAGACAAGCCUAGGUACGAAGAUCGCCAUUUUGACGUUGAUAUGGAUAAGGAUAAACUUGAUAACCAUAACGACGACUACCGUGACUACAGCCCAUCAAGGUCGAGAUCCAACGCUUAA